AUGCGAAGUCUCAGCCUGGUGUGGCUGCUGGGAGGUAUCACCCUUCUGGCGGCCUCGGUCUCCUGCAACCGAACCGAGAACUUUGCACGGGGACGACCCAACAGUAAAGGAAGAAGUCUCAUUGGCAGAUUGGAAACCCCGCCUCCAAUCACUGGGAAAGGAGUCUCAGUAGAACCAGGCUUCUCCAUUGAUGAAUUCUCUGCGUCCAUCCUCACUGGGAAGCUGACCACUGUCUUUCUUCCGAUCAUCUACAUUAUUGUAUUUGUGAUUGGUUUGCCCAGUAAUGGCAUGGCCCUCUGGAUCUUCCUUUUCCGAACAAAGAAGAAACACCCUGCUGUGAUUUACAUGGCCAACCUGGCCUUGGCAGACCUCCUCUCUGUCAUCUGGUUCCCCCUGAAGAUCGCCUACCACCUCCAUGGCAACAACUGGAUCUACGGGGAGGCACUUUGCAAGGUGCUUAUUGGCUUUUUCUAUGGCAACAUGUACUGCUCCAUCCUUUUCAUGACCUGCCUCAGCGUACAGAGGUACUGGGUGAUAGUGAACCCCAUGGGACAUCCCAGGAAGAAGGCAAACAUCGCUGUCGGCGUCUCCCUGGCUAUCUGGAUCCUGAUUUUUCUGGUCACCAUCCCUUUGUAUGUCAUGAAGCAGACUAUCCACAUUCCAGCCUUGAACAUCACCACCUGUCACGAUGUGCUGCCUGAGGAGGUAUUGGUGGGGGACAUGUUCAAUUACUUCCUCUCCCUGGCCAUUGGAGUCUUCCUGUUUCCGGCCGUACUUACUGCGUCUGCCUAUGUGCUCAUGAUCAAGACACUGCGUUCCUCUGCCAUGGAUGAGCACUCGGAGAAGAAAAGGCGGAGGGCUAUCAGGCUCAUCAUCACCGUGCUCGUCAUGUACUUCGUCUGCUUCACGCCCAGCAACCUUCUGCUCGUCGUGCAUUACUUCCUAAUCAAGAGCCAGAGGCAGAGCCACGUCUACGCCCUCUACCUCGUCGCCCUCUGCCUGUCGACCCUCAACAGCUGCAUAGACCCCUUUGUCUAUUACUUUGUCUCGCAAGAUUUCAGGGAUCACGCCAGGAACGCGCUCCUCUGCCGAAGUGUCCGCACCGUGAACCGCAUGCAGAUAUCGCUCACCUCCAACAAGUUCUCCAGGAAAUCCGGCUCUUACUCUUCAAGCUCAACCAGUGUUAAAACCUCCUAUUGA